AUGUCGGACCCAAGCCAACCCUUGGGCUCCCCGAGGCCCGAGGUUCCUAGGAUUACGGUUCCUGAACAAGGGAGUCCCGUAUCUCCACAGAGCAGCACUCUUGGACCUACAGACGAGUCGAUAAAACCUACCUCGCGAUCCGGAAAGCCCUUCCUUGAAGUUCCCGGUGCCGAUUCGAGAGGGAAUUCGAUAGACGAGAAGAACGUCCAAUCUCCCACCUCUUCCAAUGGUGGAACCACGAUUGCUCAUGCCUCUGCGGCUGAAAUUUCCGACGAGGAAGCAUUGCGACCUGAUCCCGGGACCGAGGAGGACUUCACGGUCGAGGACAACAGAUUCGCCUUUACACCGGGUGAACUGAAUAAAAUUAUCAACCCGAAAAGCAUGCCUGCAUUGAAAGCUCUGGGUGGCUUGAAGGGUUUGGAAUACGGCUUAAGGACGAAUGUCACCUCUGGUCUCAGUUUGGAUGAAACUCUCUUGGAUGGGAAUGUCUCGAUCGAUGAAGCUAGGAUGAAGUUGAAUGCGUACAAAGGAAAGACGCAGGAGGAUGCUAUUGCUCCAGAGGCACCGCCUACUCCAGAUGAUGAGGUUCCUCAGGCUCAAUUAUCGGAACAGGCUUUCGCCGACAGAAUACGGAUAUAUAAACGAAAUACCCUGCCCGAAAAGAAGGCCAAGAGCAUUUUCUUGCUCAUGUGGAUUGCUCUUCAAGACAAGGUCCUCAUCUUGCUUUCUGCCGCCGCUGUUAUCUCUCUCGCUCUCGGUAUCUACCAAACAAUCCAGGCUCAAAAACGCGCUCGUCGAAACCCUAAUAAUCCUGAAUCAAAGGAGGCUCACGUCGAGUGGGUGGAAGGUGUUGCAAUUAUCGUCGCUGUCUUAAUUGUCGUGGUUGUCGGCGCGGGAAACGACUGGCAAAAGGAACGGCAAUUCGUCAAACUCAACAAAAAGAAAGAGGAUCGUACUGUCAAGGCUAUGCGAUCCGGUAAAGCUGUUCAGAUAUCUGUAUAUGACAUCCUUGUUGGAGACAUCCUUUACCUCGAACCCGGUGACAUGAUCCCAGCCGAUGGUGUGUUUGUUUCUGGGCACAACGUCAAAUGCGAUGAAAGUUCCGCCACAGGAGAAAUUGACCAAAUCAAGAAGACCCCUGCCGACGAAUGCAUGGUUCAGAUGAUGGCUGGUGCGAAUAUCAGGAAACUCGACCCGUUCAUUCUUUCUGGCGGAAAGGUUUUAGAAGGUGUCGGUACAUAUCUCGUCACAAGCGUUGGUGUAAACUCCAGUCACGGAAAAAUCAUGAUGGCUCUCCGAGAAGAUGUUGAAGCUACGCCACUCCAGGUCAAAUUGAACGGUCUUGCCGAAGGAAUUGCCAAGAUUGGCGGUGCCGCUGCUCUCCUUCUCUUUGUUGUCCUCCUUAUCAAGUUUUUGGCCAAUCUCAAGAAUUUCGAAGGGAGUGCAGACGAGAAAGCCCAGCGAUUCAUUCAAAUCCUUAUUACUGCUAUCACAAUUGUUGUCGUUGCGGUUCCGGAAGGUCUACCGUUGGCUGUCACACUUGCAUUGGCGUUCGCUACUACUCGCAUGUUGAGAGACAACAACUUGGUCCGUGUUCUACGAUCUUGUGAAACCAUGGGCAAUGCUACAACAGUAUGUUCUGACAAAACCGGUACUCUAACACAAAACAAAAUGACCGUGGUAGCUGGUGUCUUGGGCAAGCAUUUCAACUUUGGGGCCCAGAGCGAAGGAGUUGGCAAGAAGCAUAACGAAAUGCCAAUGAAUGAAAUCAACAGCAAGAUCUCUGACGAGGUCAAAACCUUACUUCUUCAGUCCAUCGCUGUUAACUGCACGGCUUUCGAAGGUGAAGAGGAUGGUAAACCAGCGUUUAUCGGUUCCAAAACAGAAACUGCACUCCUUAGUUUUGCACGCGACCACCUCGGCAUGGGACCGCUCGCUCAUGAAAAAAGCAGUGCCAGCGUAGCCCAACUAGUUCCAUUCGACUCCGCUCGCAAGUGCAUGGCCGUAGUUGUCAAGCUUCCAUCAGGAAAGUAUCGUCUCUAUGUCAAGGGUGCCUCCGAAAUUCUUCUCAAGCAAACCUCGAAGAUUGUCGCCGAUCCAUCGGCAGCGCUCUCUGAAGUCCAGCUCAGCGGAUCCGAAAUCGAAGCCAUUGAAGAUUCUAUUGUCGGUUUUGCUAAACGUUCCCUCCGUACCAUUGGCCUUGUCUACCGCGAUUUCACCGAAUGGCCUCCUCGUGGCGCCCGUCUAGAAGAGGACGACCCUAGGCAGGCGGUAUUUUCGGAUAUCUUCAGAGAGAUGACCUUCUUGUGUCUUGUUGGUAUUCAGGAUCCCCUCCGACCCGGUGUUCCUGAGGCUGUUAGGCAGUGUCAAAAGGCAGGUGUCUUCGUUCGUAUGGUUACAGGCGAUAAUGUUAUUACUGCAAAAGCAAUUGCUACCGAAUGUGGUAUCUAUACCGAAGGUGGUCUUGUUAUGGAGGGACCGGAUUUCAGGCGUCUUAACAAGAGCCAAAUGCGAGAACUCAUUCCACGGCUCCAGGUUCUUGCUCGUUCCAGCCCUGAAGACAAGCAAACCCUCGUCAGGAACCUCAAAGAAAUGGGUGAAACCGUUGCUGUUACUGGUGAUGGAACCAACGAUGGGCCUGCAUUGAAGAUGGCUGAUAUCGGUUUUUCCAUGGGUAUUGCUGGUACGGAGGUUGCAAAGGAAGCUUCGGCUAUCAUAUUGAUGGACGAUAACUUCUCUUCCAUUGUCAAAGCUCUCAUGUGGGGUCGUGCUGUCAACGAUGCCGUCAAGAAGUUCUUGCAGUUCCAAUUGACCGUCAAUAUCACCGCCGUCUUGCUUGCCUUCGUCACCGCUGUUGCUUCUGAUGAUGAACAGCCAGUCCUCCGAGCCGUCCAACUUCUUUGGGUUAACUUGAUCAUGGAUACCUUCGCCGCGUUGGCCCUUGCUACUGAUCCACCACCACCAGAUAUUCUCAACCGCCCUCCGCAAAGAAAGUCUGCCCCUCUCAUUACGGUUAAUAUGUGGAAAAUGAUUAUCGGACAAGCCAUCUACCAACUUGUUGUUACCUUCGUACUUCACUUUGCCGGUGGAAGCAUCUUGGGCUACGAUUUAACCCAGCCACACAAGCGAGAAGAACUAUCUUCCCUCGUAUUCAACACUUUCGUUUGGAUGCAGAUUUUCAAUCAGUACAACAAUCGUCGCCUUGACAAUAAGUUCAACAUCUUUGAGGGCCUUCACCGAAAUUGGUUCUUCAUUUUUAUCAACGUCAUUAUGGUUGGUGGUCAAGUCAUGAUCAUCUUCGUUGGCGGUGCUGCUCUUCGUGUUGUUCGCUUGGAUGGACCACAAUGGGCUAUUUCCCUGAUCCUUGGUGCUAUCUCUCUCCUGAUUGGUGUUGUCAUCCGGUUGAUUCCCGAUCCAGUAUUCAAGAAGAUUCUACCAAAGGCUAUGUACAGGGAUAGAAAAACACCGGACCUCUUCGUCUCCGAUGAUGAGCAUCGAUUCGAAUGGAACCAGGGUAUCGAGGAUAUCCGCCAUGAGCUCCAGUUCAUCAAGAUGAUCCGUGGUGGUCGUCUCAAUACUUUGAAGUUCAAGACUAAGGAAAUCAAACACCGUCUUCUACCAUUGUCGAAAUCCAGCUCCCACCAGCCACCAGGUUCACCUGACGACAACUCCCAGAUCCCACCGCCUAGUCCUAGUAGCCACAGGAGGAAGCGAUCGAGGAGUAAUUCCGCAUUCGCGGCUGCUGCAAUGGUCCCCAGUAUAGUUGCUGGCAGUGUUGGUGGUUGGAGCCCGAUUGAGAAGCCAGCGGAAGGCGGGGAUAGAGGAUUCCCAAUCCCGGUUUCGAGGGAGCCGUCACAGGUAUCAAAAGAUACUUUAGAUCCUUCAGCCGCGCAGGCCGAGAAGCCAGCUCCCGCAACGGGAACAAGGACACCGCCCGAUACGUCCGGCGGUGUCAGUAACGAGAAGCCCUGA